GGGGGCUGUUGUCGGGGUCAUGCCCAGGAUCUCGUGUUUCAGGAUUUCCUCUGUUCUUCUGGGUUGAGACCUGCAAGGGGGCUGACUGGGAUCCCCUCCCCCCACCAGCCUGGUGUGCCCCCAGCCCACAGCGUGAGGAAGUCUAGAAGCCAGAGGUCUCCGUGGGGUCUCUGCCAUCCUGGCCAUGAACCUGGAGCCACCCAAGGCCGAGAUCCGGUCGGCCACCAGGGUGAUUGGGGGGCCUGUCACUCCCAGGAAGGGCCCCCCCAAAUUUAAGCAGCGGCAAACCAGGCAGUUCAAGAGCAAGCCCCCCAAGAAAGGCGUCCAAGGGUUUGGGGAUGACAUCCCUGGAAUGGAAGGCCUGGGAACAGACAUUACGGUCAUCUGCCCAUGGGAGGCCUUCAACCACCUGGAGCUGCACGAACUGGCCCAGUACGGCAUCAUCUAGCGCGAGAGCCUGACCCGGAGUCCCAGGGCCCUACCCCCUGCUGCCCGCUCCGACCCCUGGUCAGGAUUCCUGUGAGGAAGCCCAUCCCCCUGAGGGUGUCCGGAUUGUCCAGUUUGUGUUUGGAGACCCUUGCAAGGUGACAACCUUGGGACCCUAGAUGCUAGUUACCAGAAGCCUCCCGUCUCCCUGCAGGACAUCUCGGGCCCGGUCAGGCCCUGCUUAACUUCCAGAGGCCCGCAGAUCUUCUUUUAGGGCUGGAAAGCCAGGGCAGGGCUCCCAGAAAUGUCCCUCACCCCCUGCUCCCGUCCUGCUAUCCGGUGGUGAGGACAAGCCCCCCUCGCCAG